GUAAAGGAGCUAUGGCUCGCGUAAAAGUGCUGCUUCCGGCGCUCGUUUUGUGGCUGCUUUGCGCGCAGACCCUUGGACAGGUGUUCAACCUAACGCUCUCCGUAAAGGAGGGGCUGCCCGCUAAAACUAUCGUAGGGGAUCUGAGAGCUGUGUUGAGCACGCCAAGCACCGGAUUCUUCAUCUCAGAGAGCAGGGACUCUUACGUGUUCAGAGAUUUGGAGAUAGACGCGGACACAGGUAUCAUCUCCACAGCUGUGGUCCUGGAUAGAGAGAGCAGGGAGAGGUAUGAGUUUGUAGCAGCCACUCUUACAGGAGAGAUGAUAAAAGUGAGAAUAGAAGUGAAAGAUGUUAACGACCACUCGCCUGUGUUCACCUCAGAAGAGGCUGACUUGGACAUAUCAGAGCUGAGCCCACUGGGGAGUCGAUUCCAGCUGGAAGGUGCCAAAGAUGAGGAUGAGGGGGAGUUUGGUACCCAGGGAUACAGGAUCACAGAGAGCGAGAUGGGCCAGUGGUUCCAGUUGGAUUACCGCACUGGAUCUGACAGUCUGGAUCUCAUUCUUGCAAGAAAACUAGACCGAGAAACCAAAGACUCCUAUAGAGUAAUUAUUGAGGCCUUCGAUGGCGGCAUCCCAGCCAGGACGGGGACCCUCCAGGUGAACAUCAAAGUCCUGGAUGAGAAUGACAAUCCUCCGAUGUUCAACCAGACUGAAUAUCAUGUCUCACUUCCUGAAGAUGCUGCGGUGAUGUCUGCUGUGUGUCAGGUUCAUGCCACUGACCUAGACCUGGGUGAGAACUCAAGAAUCACUUAUGAGAUCAACAGGCGACAGAGUGACCCAAACGAGGUGUUCUCCAUCCAUGAAACCAGCGGGGUGGUGUACCUGAACAAGCCGCUCGAUUUUGAGACCCAUCCGUUCCACGAGUUGAUCAUCAGUGCCAGAGAUAACGGGGCUCAGCCGGAGUACAGCAGCACUUUUGUGGGGGUGAAGGUGCUCAACAUCAAUGAUAACAGCCCCAUCAUCAGCGUCCUGUUUCUAAGUGAGACAGGAGAUCCAGUGGUGCCAGAAGCAGCAGCCAUCGGGGAUUAUGUUGCACGGAUUUCAGUGUCAGAUCCAGACUUUGAAGAGGAACAAGUCAUUGUCACGCUUGAGGGAGGUGAUGGGAACUUCACCCUGAAGCAGACAGAUGAUUUUCUGUAUGCCUUGUGCGUCAGCGCCGAGCUGGACAGGGAAGAGAAGGAUCUCUAUGAGUUGAAGGUGCAGGCCUCAGACUUUGGGAGUCCAUCACUGAGCAGUGAGAUGGUCUUCCUCCUGAAGGUGGCUGACACCAACGACUGCCACCCAGUUUUUGAGAAGAAUGUCUACACCACCAGCAUUCCAGAGGACGCUCCUCUGGGGAGCUCGAUCAUCCAGAUGCAGGCCCGAGAUGCAGACGAAGGAGUCAACUCAGAGGUCAGAUACUCCAUCCUCAGAUCCAGCCAGGACAGCUUGAUCAGCAUCGAUCAGGAGUCCGGCCUGAUCACGACGGCUGCAGCUUUGGACAGAGAGACACAGGAGGAGGUUUGGUUCCUGGUGGUGGCGGCUGAUGGAGGGGAACCAUCGCUGUCGUCCACGGCUACAGUCACGCUGCAAGUGGAGGACGUCAAUGACAACGAGCCGGUGUUCCAGCAGCAGUUGUACAACGUUUCCAUACCAGAGCACAGCGACAUUGGGAGCUGCUUUCUACAAGUUGUGGCCACUGAUGCAGACAGCCGUGAGUUCGGCACACUUCUCUACUCUCUUUCUGAUGGCUUCGACAAACAGGACAAACAUCCUCUCUUCAAAAUCCACCCACAUACCGGGGAGCUGUGUGUGUCUCAGGAUAUCGAUCGAGACUCAGGCCAGACAGUCCACGACAUCCUGAUCAAAGCUGAAGAUCCAGGGGGACUGAGCGCACAAACCUACGUGCACAUUGAGAUUGAAGACCUGAAUGAUAACGCUCCAGUGUUUAACCCUGAUGAGUACACCAUGAGCAUCAGCAGCCACACGCAGCCCGGCACAGAAAUCCUCAACGUCAUCGCUACCGACCGAGACUCUGGGCGCUUCGGACUGGUCACCUACAGCAUCCUGCCUGGUGACAUGUCCAGUCUGUUCGCAAUGGAUAAACACACAGGAAUGCUCUUUCUGACCUCGCCGCUCACCCACCUGGGUGCUGCCAGUGUGAAGCUCUCCAUAAAAGCUCAGGACGGGGAGGGUUUGACCUCCGUCAAGCCUGCAGAGGUCACCAUCAAUGUUUUACGCAGCGCUCAGGCUCCAGCUGUGUUCCAGAGGUCACGCUACUCCUUCACGGUGUCUGAAGACGCUCCGCCCGGGACCUCUGUGGGGACCGUGCACGCCGUAAACCCAGCGUGUGAGAAAACUGUGUCCUACAGAAUCUCCUCUGGAGACCCUCAGGAUUUGUUCUCCGUCCAUCAAAAGUCGGGCCUGAUCAGUAACACCAAACCUCUGGAUCACGAGUCCCAGCCGUACGUCCUGCUGGUUCUUCAGUCCUUCACUGACUCCUCUCCAGUUUACAGCACCACCCAGGUCAACAUCACGAUCGCUGACAUCAACGACAACGCUCCAGUGUUCCCCAAACUCAGAGACAGCAUCACCGUAUCUCAAAACACACUCCCAGGGACGGUACUGUUCAUCGCCCAUGCACACGACUACGACAGCGGCGCCAACGGGAGGGUGCAGUAUCACCUGAGGAGCAGCAGAAAUGGUUUGUUUGACGUUGAUAGAAACUUUGGCACAGUCAGGCUGAAUCAGAGUCUACAGGCAGAUCAUCAGCAGAGGUACAGUCUAGACAUCCUUGCCAAAGAUGAAGGAGCACCCUCUCUUAGCUCCAUGCUGACCCUCACUGUAAACGUCGACCGCACUGCUAAUGAAGACAACCUCGCCUUUGAGACACUGGUCUACCAGGUGGAGAUCGGCGAGGGCUACAGGAAAGAUUCCAGGGUCAUCCAGGUGAGGGCGCACAAGAGCCGGGGAGCUCACAUGUCAAACUCAGGGAUCAUGUACUCUUUGGAGGGAGAAGCCGGAUUCCCUCCUGCUCCUUUUCGGGUCCACCCAAAGACCGGGUGGUUGUACCUCUCUGAGAGUCUCGACUACGAGGCAGAAUCCGUGUUUCGCUUUCGUGUGUUGGCGACAUCCAGAGAGACGUCACUGGUGAACAUGACUGCUACAGCUACAGUGACGGUGCUAGUUCUGGAUAUCAAUGACAACGCCCCUGUGUUUAGUAAGGAAGUGUACUACUUCACCGUGUCAGAGGGAGCGUCGCCUCGAGGCCUGGUGGGAACAGUGAAAGCUGUGGACAAGGAUUCUGGGAAAAAUGCACAGCUGUCCUACAUCCUGCUCUCAGAUGGGAAGUUCUUCCGCAUUAAUUCUAAAACAGGUGAGAUUAUAAACUGGGUGGCGUUGGAUCGAGAGCAGCAAAGCCAGCACAGCCUGAAGGUGAUGGUGACGGACCAGGGACACCCUCGUCUCAAUGCCACUGCCACUGUUCACAUCCUGGUCACAGACAUCAACGACAACACUCCUCAGUUUACACACCUGCCAGCCAACAAGGAGCUCAGUGUUCAGAUCUGGGCAGGUCUACCAGCAGGAUCCUUGGUGACAAACAUGUUUGCUAAAGACUUUGACGCAGCAGAAAAUGGGACCGUCACCUUCUUUUUGCACACAGAGGAUCACAGUUUUGGAUGCUUUGAGAUUGACAGUGAGAGUGGAGAAAUCAGGACUACAGAAGUUUUCACACAGGGAGCUGAAAAGUUCUACACGCUGAGGAUAACGGCCAGAGACGGCGGAGUCCCAGCGCUGGAGGACACCGCAGUUGUUCAUGUACAGGUUCAUGGAUUGGAGGCUCUUUACAGCCACUCUGACCACCAGAUGAUGAGGUGUUUCACUGUUAGAGAGGACACAGAGUCGGCAACUGUUAUCGGCUCUGCCAGCAUUUCAGGUAAAGGCAGACUCCACUACUCCAUUUCUGAGGGUGACGGGAGCGUCCACUUUGGCAUAGACAGCUCUUCUGGUGACAUUUACAUCAACCAGCCGCUGGACUACGAGUCUGCAGCGCAGUACUUCCUCCUGGUUCGAGCUGAAGACAUAAGACUGGUUCCUGGAGUGAACACAUCGGUGCUGGUGAGCGUGAUGGUGGAGGACGUGAACGACAACACACCCUGGUUCCCUGACAAGCUUGUGACAUUCGGUCUGCCGGAGGACGCUGCCAUCGGAUCGCUGGCAUUUGCUUUUCAUGCCAGAGAUGCCGACGGGACCUUUUCUAACAGCGCCCUACGUUACUCCCUGGCGUUUGACACUGGAGUCAGUGGCUCCUCAUCACGUUUCCCCUUUCAACUCAACCCGUACACGGGGAGUCUGACCAUCACAGCACCUUUAGAUCGAGAGACCAACCCCAGCUACACCUUCACUGUGACUGCCACGGACCAGGCGAAGAAGAAAGAGGAGCGCAAACAGGCGUCGGUGACGGCUCAGCUCUUCCUGCUGGAUGUGAAUGAUAACCGUCCCGUGUUUGUGUCAGCAGAUGCGGUUCAGGUGAUGGAGAAUGCAGAGGUGGGGAGUCUGCUGCAUCAUUUCGUGGCCAUAGAUGGAGAUCAAGGGGAGAACGGGGUCACUUUCUUCAGCAUCUUGGCCGGGAACAAGAAAGGAUUCUUCACUCUAGAGGAGCAGUCAGGCCUACUGUUCCUGUCUGCUCCUCUUGAUUAUGAAACCCAGCGCCUCCACCGUCUGACCGUGCGUGCAUUUGACCAUGGCCUGCCAUCCCUCUCCUCCACCCAGACUCUCACAGUGGAGGUUUGGGAUGUAAACGACCAGACCCCAGUCUUUAGUCAGAGCGUCUACAAUGCCAGCGUGGCUGAAAACAGAGACCCUGGAGAACCUGUAACCAGAGUCUCUGCAACUGAUGAUGAUUCAGAGGAGAAUGCAGUGGUGUGGUACAGUCUUCUGCCCGGCCCCGGCUACGAGCUCUUCAGCAUCAACCCGUACACCGGUCUGAUCACCACCACCUCGUACCUGGACCGGGAAGAGCAGCAGCAGUUCACCCUCAGAGUCCAGGCUCGGGACAGCAGCACUCGGCCUCUGUCCGGUACGGCCACAGUACUGUGCUCUGUCCUGGAUGACAAUGACAACACUCCAGAGUUCAUGCAGUCGUCCUUUCAGAUCAGCCUGCCAGAGAACCUGCCACCCGGGGUCAUUCACACCGCUCGGGCCUCUGAUCCAGAUCAUGGAGAGAACGGAACCAUACACUACUCCAUAUUAGGUGAGGACUACAGAGGUCUCUUCAGCAUCAACAGCCACACAGGAGUCAUCAGCACCACACAGCUCCUAGACAGAGAGGAGAGGCAGAACUACACUCUCACCAUCCAGGCCCGCGACCACGGCCUCAGCCCGCUCAGCUCCUCCACCCAACUCCAGCUGCUGGUUCUUGACCAGAACGACAACAUCCCCUCCUUCACCCGAAGGAGCUACCAAGCCUCCAUCAGCGAGGGUCUUCCUGCAGGAGCAGAGGUGCUGCAACUCAGAGCCUUCGAUCCGGAUGAGGGCCCCAAUGGAGAUAUUACAUAUUCUAUAACACAGGACAGCAGCCAGGGGGCCUUCUCCAUAGACCCUCUAACAGGGGUAAUCCGCACCACCAGGUCCCUGGACCGCGAGAACAGAGCUUCAUACACCCUCAGAGCUGUGGCUACUGACGGGUGCACCCAAGGGCCGCUGAGCUCCAUGGCAACGGUGACCAUACAAGUAGAAGACGUGAACGACAACAUCCCGGUCUGUGAUGAAAACCCCAUCAAUGCAUGGGUCUCUAUGCGGACUCUACCUAAUGAGAUAGUUACCACCGUCACAGCAACUGACGGCGACCAGGGCGAGAAUGGGGCGAUACGGUUUACGUUGUUAGACGAAGAGAAUCUGUUUGACAUCAACAGUGAGACGGGACAGAUCUCCCUGAGAAGACGAGUCAGAGCUGGGUUCUCAGGGAGGAAGCUGCAGAUUCUGGUUUCAGACCGAGGACGACCCCCUUUAUCCUCCACCUGCCUGUUUUUCAUCCACCUGAAGGGAGAGCACAGAGGACUGCAGUUCACUAACAAACUCUACAACGCUACAGUCAAGGAGAACAGUAGAGCUGGCACUUGGAUCACUAAAGUGGAGGCCAGCGACCAAACAAACAGCAGACUGAGGAUUACAUACACUAUAUACAGUGGCAACGAGAAUUUGAUUUUCUCCAUCAGCCGCCACACUGGUGAGAUCCGCUUGCAGAAAGAUAACUCCUUAGACUUUGAGGUGAGCCCUCAGAUCCAGCUGGUGGUCCUGGCUGACAGCGGUCUUCAGACGGCUCACUGCAGAGUCUCCAUCAGCCUUCUGGAUGUCAAUGACAACGCGCCUGUGUUUGAGCACAGCAGCUACAGAACAGCAGUGUGGGAGGGGCAGGUGCACAACACCUACAUCAUGCAGGUGUUUGCAUCUGAUGCUGACAGCGGGAUGAACGGGCAGAUCGAGUACUCCGUCGUGUCUGGAAACACAAAUGGAGCUUUCAUAUUGGACUCAGUUCGUGGGAUUCUUGCUACGAAUGUCUUACUUGACCGUGAGAUCAUCCCAUCAUACAAGCUGGUUCUGCAGGCAGUAGACAAGGGGAACCCUCCACUCAGCAGCUCCACCACUAUCAGAGUCCAAGUGGUGGAUGUGAAUGAUAACAGCCCUGCCAUUCCUCCCAUGGAGCCUGUUCUCAUAGCAGAGAAUCUCCCAGCUGGUUACAUGGUUGCCCAGGUGACUGCCAAUGAUGUGGACCUGAGCGCCACCAUCACCUACAGCUUUUCAGACAACAGCAGCACCAACGUUCCCUUUGCCAUUGACAGAUUCACUGGUGUGGUUACUUUAACUCGAGCUCUGGACUAUGAGGAGCAGACGGAGUACACGCUGUCUGUCUGGGCGUCUGACUCCCUCCACCAGACCACCGGAGAGCUGCAAGUUCAAGUGCUGGAUAUCAACGACAAUGCACCAGUCUUUACCGAAGUCUCCUACCAGGUGGAGUUAUCAGAGCUGGUCUCAGCAGACACUUUGGUUCUUUCUGUGUCUGCUACUGACAGAGACUCUGGAUUCAAUGGCAAGAUCACCUACAGGCUACUGUCAUCUCCUUUACAAGGCUUCUACAUCCAGCCUGACAAUGGGUCCAUUUUCACCAACAAACCUCUGAGGGCAAUCUCAAACAAUAACCUGAUCCAGCUCCUGGUUGAAGCCAAAGACGAAGGCGAUCCUGCGCUGUCUGCUGUGACUUCCAUAGAUGUGCAGAUCACGGACGUGAAUGACCAUGCACCUUUGUUCCAUCAGGACAUCUACACAAUCACAGUUCCUGAGGACACACCUACUGACACCACACUACUGACCCUGUCUGCAGAGGACCAAGACUGGAGCCCUGAAAAUACCCAUUUGGACUACACCAUCAUCAGGGGGAAUGAGGAGAAGCGAUUCUGUCUGGAGGUUAAAAUGGCUCAGUCGGAGAAUCUGAUGAGGAAUGUAGGAAGGGUUGUUCUGUGCAACCCUUUAGACCGUGAGGUCACAGAAAGCUACGCUCUAACAGUGAGUGUGUCUGAUCGAGGAACGCCUCCGCUGAACAGCUCUGCUGUUGUUAUGGUGAGUGUCACAGACUGCAAUGACAAUGCCCCUGUCUUUGCCAGCACAGAAUACCAUACACAGGUGAGUGAGAAUAGCCAUGUAGGUACCAGGCUGGUCCAGGUCAGUGCUCAGGAUCCAGACCUGGGAAUCAAUGGACCGCUGCAGUAUGAAAUUGUCUCAGGGAACGGCAAAGGUCACCUCAGGCUUGACGCUCAGUCUGGCCUUCUGGUGGUCAACCACUCUCUAGAUUAUGAAGAAGACUCAAAAUACACCCUCACCAUCCGAGCAUCUGAUGGCGGCGAAUCCUCUGAAGACCGUAAAGUGGCGUUUACAGUGGUCUUCAUCACAGUGUUGGAUGAAAAUGACAACAGCCCUUACUUCAUGUUCCCCACUGUUAACUGUUCUGUGCUGGAGAACCUCCCAGCAUUUACCCAUACAUGUUCUGUCCAUGCUGUUGACAAUGACUUGGGUCCCUAUGGGCAGCUCACCUACUCUAUUUUGUCCUCAUGCUUUAUGGACUAUGGAAGCGGUGGUCCUGAGAAGAAGGAGGCUUUUGCAAUCGAUUCCCUAACUGGUGACAUUCACACCAGACAGACCUUUGAUUUUGAGCGAGAGAGUGAAUACUGCUUUGUUGUGGAGGCCAGGGACAAAGGUGACAAAGCAGCCACAGUGAGAGUACAGGUGAGCAUCAAGGGUGUAGAUGAGUUCAGUCCAAUCUUCACCCAAAAGCAGUACCACUUCCUCUUACCAGAAAACGUCAAGCCUGGAGAAACUGUUGGCUAUGUAAUGGCGAUGGACCAUGAUGGAGGUGUUGAUGGACUGGUGGAAUUCUCGCUUGUCAAAUCGUCCCAGUUUUUCUCAAUAAACAAAACAACUGGUGCCAUCUUUGUAUCAGGUCCUGUGUACCGUAGACGGGGCAGCUAUCCUGAUGACAACAUGGCAAAGCUUGUUGUGUCUGCAGGCAGCCCCAAAUUGGCCUCCAAGACUACCAACUGUCUGGUUUUCAUCAACAUCUCCAGCUCAGCGGAGGCGCUCACUGGCACGCCUCUUGAUGCACACAUGCUCAGUUUGAGUGUCUCACUCAUAAUGUUUCUCCUUUUCCUUCUUAUCUUUGUAUGUGCUGUUCUGAGAUUCAAGGUAAAGGAAGCGGCAAUCAAGAAAGCCGCUGCCAUCACUGCAAAUUUGAACCAAGGCACAGGCUCCCUCUGUGGAUCAAAUAGCAGGUCACAAAGUCCGAUCUCUUUGCAAGAGAUGAGGCGACCCGGCAUCAUUGUAACCAAAAGAGACAUUUCACAUCCAUAUGUUCACUCUGACUCAAGCGGCCGUGGAUCGGCAGAAGGUGAGACAGCUGAGGACCAGGAGAUAAAGUGGAUUAAUGAGUACCCCUGCCGUACGAGAGAUGAGUCUUUUGAGAACCAGACCACGGAGAUGCAAAAUGCUGCCUUAGAUGCAGACACUGUCUCUUGCCACUCUAUUGAUGUAGGGCCAGAGCAUAUGUUACCACUCAAUAAAUGUUUAGUCUCUGAAAUGGCCAGCACAGAAAGCCUCCACCACUUCAAAGUAGAGGGAGGAGGAGAGGGACUUCUCCCAGUAAUACUUCGAGUAAAGGAUUUGGAGGAGUGCAUGCAGACAAGUGGGUACGCUCCCCUCUCCGGCGUGUCUGCAGAUUCUCUAUCCUCACUCCUGUGUCUAGAUGAGCAACUGCAAGGAAGCUACAACUGGGACAAUGUUCUGGACUGGGAGCCACGCUUCCAGUCUUUGGCCUCAGUUUUUAAUGAUAUCGGGAUGCUCCCUGAUGAGGAGAUUCAAGGGGGCCGAGAGGACUUAGCAGCUGAGGCAAGCUGCCUCAUGUACCCCCCGCCUCUCAUAACAGGAGUGGCUCAACCUGGCAUCAGAACUGUACCGCCUCGAAAGCCAGUGCGGAUGCCAACUCUGAGGAGGAAGCCCUCUCACCGUAAAUAUGCGUAUUCUCCCUUAGCUAGGAACACAGGACUUACCCCUUCAGUAAUGACCCCAACUUUCUCCCCAUCACUUUCUUCUCUUACUGUUCGAACCCCCAGUGCCUCACCUGUUAUCUCUGACACUGGGGUGGGAGGUAUCAGACUUGACUCAGGGCCUCUUACUGCCAGUCUGUUGGAGUCAGAAAUCCAGGUGUAGACAUGAACUCUGUCAAGGUUGUGUGGCAUUUAAUUCCAUUUCAAAUACAGGCAUACCUGUGCUGCAUUUUAAGUGACUUCAACUGAUGUUACAUGGUUAGUUUUUAUCACAUUCUGGUUCAUAUCUAUUAAACCAUGCAUCUUCAAACAUAUUACUG